UCCUGCAGAGAGAAACUGCGAUGUUUGAUCAUCGAUAUCUGUGUUUUUAUAUAUCCAAUAUCCAUGGUUUGAUGAUGCUGGAUCUGUUAUUACUACUAUUAUGCAUACCAAAUGCAUAAAAUAACGGCUUGAAAUGAGUUUAUUUUGGAAUAAAGGAAGCUUUGCCAAAGAGGCUAUUGAACCACAGAAUCUGAUCAAGAAAUCACUUACUAGUGAACUGGCAAAGGUUAUCAAGUCCCUGCAACACGAGCAGAUCAGCUCAGUAGAGCCGGUUUAUAGUGGAGAUUCUGCAAAUGCAGUUUGCAAUGUCCUGGAAGCUAUUUUCAUACAUGGACUCAAGGACUCCUUCUACAGUAAGGCAUCGUCAGCCAUAAUUGGAGGAGAGAGAAUCCCUGAACCUUCUUUCUGGGACUGUGUAUCAGCGUAUACACACAAGGAUAUCCUUUCACAGAUAGAUCAUCUAAGUCAGAUUUCAACAGAGAUAGGCUACUGCCGGGUUUGGAUUCGGAUGGCUGUCAAUGACAACUUGAUGGAGAGUUAUGUUGAGGCAAUGCAAAAUGAUCAGAAGAACCUUAGGUACUAUUAUUCCCGGUGGGCUUACCUGAGGGACGUCGAAGAACCGGAUAUCAUGAAGCAGCUUCUGCAAGGUUUGAUGAAUUUCAAGUUCAAGUUGGCGUACAAUUCUAGUGUGUUGAACCAGUGGACAGAUACACCUAUAAACCUGGCCAGCCACCAACCAGAGGUACCUGUUGCAAGAGUGGCUUCUCCAGUGCCAUCUGUGGCGAGAGUCGAGAAUGUUAGCAGCCCUCAGCCUUCAUGUGCCCCUGCAAAACCUCAACUACGUGAUAUAAUACCAGCAGAUCUCAGCGAAAGCUCAAUCGAAGAGGUUGGCAUAGCGGAGACCUCUGGAACCGAAAUACCUGAAGCGCCUUCUACUCCUAUGCCUUGGCUGGAGUCUGCUAUCGAGGCGGAACACUAUUAUGGGCAUGUGGACGAGGAGGAUGAACUGUGCAUGUCUCACACUCAAUCUGCGUCGAGCGACACUUGCACUGCGGACGUCUUCGCCGAGCCGGCGGCGCCACCUGUUGUGAACGCCGCCGCCGCGCGGCAGCAGGAUUGGUCGGACUACACAGCAGCCUACGUCGCGAGCACGAUGGACGCGUACGCGCGAAAACACGACGACGACGGCGGCGCCCUCUCCGUCGAACAGCGCCCUCUACGCAAGCACGACGUCGACGUUUUUUUCAUUGUUGGUGAUGUAACGGGGUGGUUUGCUGACGUUUCAGGUCAGACGUACGAUGCUCUGCUGAAGAAUUACGCUCCAGCCGUUACGUCCACUCUCACCAGUAUGGAAGACGGUCUGAUGAAAGACGGAUCAAACUCUGAUGUGUCACCAUCACUGAUAAAGAGCUCCUCUGGCCAGCAGGAGAGUGGGGAUGAGGGUGACGGACAGCUACAGUGGCAGCUAAGUGAUCCCAGCGAUUUCGAGGUGCUGCCUCUGGGUGUUAAUAUCACUUCCGAAAAUGCCGACUUCGUGAGUUUGAUGAAUUUCAAGUUCAAGUUGGCGUACAAUUCUAGUGUGUUGAACCAGUGGACAGAUACACCUAUAAACCUGGCCAGCCACCAACCAGAGGUACCUGUUGCAAGAGUGGCUUCUCCAGUGCCGUCUGUGGCGAGAGCCGAGAAUGUUAGCAGCCCUCAGCCUUCAUGUGCCCCUGCAAAACCUCAACUACGUGAUAUAAUACCAGCAGAUCUCAACGAAAGCUCAAACGAAGAGGUCGGCAUAGAGGAGACCUCUGGAACCGAAAUACCUGAGGCGCCUUCUACUCCUAUGCCUUGGCUGGAGUCUGCUAUCGAGGCGGAACACUAUUAUGGGCAUGUGGACGAGGAGGAUGAACUGUGCAUGUCUCACACUCAAUCUGCGUUGAGCGACACUUGCACUGCGGACGUCUUCGCUGAGCCCGUGGCGCCACCUGUUGUGAACGCCGCCGCCGCGCGGCAGCAGGAUUGGUCGGACUACACAGCAGCCUACGUCGCGAGCACAAUGGACGCGUACGCGCGAAAACACGACGACGACGGCGGCGCCCUCUCCGUCGAACAGCGCCCUCUACGCAAGCACGAAGUCGACGACGACCCCGCGUCGCAUCGUCGUCGUCGUCGUCGCCACGACGACGCCGGGACGUCGCACGCGGGGGAGGAGGAGCCGUCGUCGGAGAGACGGGAGGCGAGGGAGGUGGAGGCAGAGAGGAGGACGGGCGCGGAGCGGAAGGCGAGCGGAAACCAGUUGACGGCGCACGACGGAUGGUCGUCGUCGUUCGAAGACGCGGUGCCGCUGCCGCCGCCGCAGCCGCAGCAGACGCCCAGCAUCGACGACGGUCAGACGUACGAUGCUCUGCUGAAGAAUUACGCUCCAGCCGUUACGUCCACUCUCACCAGUAUGGAAGACGGUCUGAUGAAAGACGGAUCAAACUCUGAUGUGUCACCAUCACUGAUAAAGAGCUCCUCUGGCCAGCAGGAGAGUGGGGACGAGGGUGACGGACAGCUACAGUGGCAGCUAAGUGAUCCCAGCGAUUUCGAGGUGCUGCCUCUGGGUGUUAAUAUCACUUCCGAAAAUGCCGACUUCCGAACACAGAAUCUGCUUGCUAUAGUGGGAAAUAUAUGCAAUGAGAAUGGACUUUAUGCUCAGAAUUAUCAGUGCAUGGGAUGCUCAAGACCCAUUGGAAUGAUUUAUGGCAAAGCGCGAGUGUGUACAUUUGAUGGUGCGUACUAUUGCUAUGAAUGCCACGAGAAUGACGAAAACGUUAUCCCAGCGCGGAUCAUUCACAACUGGGACUUUCGCAAGCACAAAGUUGCAAAAUACACCAAACUUUUGCUCGAUCGCAUCCAGGAGGAGCCACUGUUCGAUCUAGGACGACUGAACCCAUCCAUAUAUGGAGUUGUCAGUGAAAUGCACGACAUAUUGGCUCUCAGAAGACGGUUGAACUUCCUGAAGACGUACCUGUUCACCUGUAAGCAGUCGGUGGCGGACGAGCUGAGAAAGCAGGUGUGGCCGCGAGAAUACCUGUACGAGAACGUACACCUGUACUCCACGUCGGAACUCCUUCAGGUAGAGUCUGGUCUACUGCAGCAGACGCUGAGGCGGCUGGUGGCAUACUGCAUGAAGCACGUCAGCACCUGCCCCCUGUGCACUCAGAAGGGAUUCAUCUGUGAGAUAUGCCACAACCCGAAAGUGAUCUUCCCCUUCGAGGUUUCGACGACGUACCGGUGUGACAAAUGCCAGACCGUCUUUCACUCGGACUGCAUGAACGAGCUGAAGCCGUGCCCCAAGUGUGAACGACGCAAGAAGCGACAGCAGAACGUCGACACGAUAGAUUACGCCUACGUGCCUGACAGCGAAGCGUGAGUGCGGCCAUAGAGGGAGCUAGCGGGCGGGGCUCGAGGUUGGCACGGGGGCAGCGAGCUAGGCGACUUUCGUUCAUUGAGUCGUUAGCAUUCAAUGUCGUCCUGCAGAUGGUGUACCGUAAUGUGACACGAACAGUAGGGCGGGCGUCGUUGGCGAUGCGUUUGCCACGAGAGUAAAUGAUUUCGAUGUUGCAUCUAUACCGAUGAAUCUGGACUUUGCGAUAAGACCGUGGAAGCGAAGUGAAAGUUACAGCGUUUUUU